AGAACAAUUAAAUCCGCAAUCUUCCAGAAUUACCCUUCCCAUUCUGCCGCCGUACUUCUUCUCUCUCUCCUCCCCUGCUUCUGCCUGUGCUCCUUGUUCCGACGAGCGAGCGAGAGGGAGGUUCCGAGAAUGUGGAAGAGAAGACUCCCCGCUGCUCUCUCCACCGCCCUUCGCAGGAGGCUCCCCCCAACCGGCCGUACCAUCAUCCCGGUCCAUUCCUCUUCGCAGAGACUCCAGUGUCUCACCGAGCAGCGCGCGGCUUCCCUCACCUCCGAUGCGGGAAUCGCGGGCUUUUCCCUUUGCGACCGGUACGAUUUCCUCCGAUGUUCCGGGAGGAGUUGCUGUUCGGGAAGUGAUUCCGAUGGUGCAGCUUCCAAGUGCUGGAGUUGCGGCGCCGUGGCUCGGGAGACUGCGCCGACGCCGUUCCUGGUGUGCGAGUAUUGCCAUAGCGUGCAGCCCGUGGACGAGUCGGUGGAUUAUUUCCAAAUUUUCGGACUGGAAAAGAAGUAUGAAACUGAUGUUAGCAAUCUGGAGGGCAUGUAUAAGGACUGGCAGAAGAAGUUGCAUCCUGAUCUAGUCCAUUCAAAAUCUGAGCAAGAAAAAGAAUACGCUGCAGGGCAGUCUGCUCGAGUAAUUGAUGCAUACCGCACACUUAGCAAGCCUUUGACAAGGGCGAUAUAUGUUCUAAAGCUUGAAGGUGUUAACGUUGAUGAAGAGGAGACCGUUUCAGAACCAGAGUUGUUAACUGAGAUACUGGAAAUAAGAGAAGCUGUAGAUGAGGCCACUGACUCUCAGUCUUUGAGACAGAUUCAGUCUCAGAUGGACGACAAAAUGAGAUGCUGGUCUCAUUCUUUCGCCAGUUCACUACGCACCCAGAAAUUUGAAGAUGCGCUGACAUGUGUUAGGAGAAUGAAGUAUUACAGUCGUGUAAACGAAGAGAUCACAAGGAAGCUUUGAUAUCGGUGCUUGCCCAGGACUUUCUCGUGAGAGUACAUUUUGACAUGGACUGUUGGAGACUUUACCUUAGUGGGUGGGUCUUAAGACUUCCUGCUCUCAGGAAUGAGAGACAGCAGCCAAGAAACAGGAGGCACGAGAGCCGCACUUUAAACUUUUGACCAACAUAAGAAGCUUUGGGUUCCCCACCACCUUGGUCAUAGCGGAUCAUUGACACUGAGCCACUCGAAUCCUUGAAAGCCAAUUUCAAGGACGGACAAAUUGCAGGAUUCAUUCCGUGGUUCUUGAACAAUGACGCAUGCAGGUACCUGUAAGCAGGCAUGUAGAUUGUAGAGCGUUACAGAACUAGUUCAUGUUCUUUUAUUUUCCAUCCUGAUGCCAUUUCUUAGAGAUUCUCUAUAUAAAGUUCACCGCUUCAACAAUGGUUUCUGUUU